GCUCCUGUAGCAGCAAGCCCUGAGGCAAGGCUUCAAAGUCCAGCAAGAACUUUCUGGCAGGCUGAGAAGUGGCUGGCAGAAUCUCCUGGGCUGUAUGGGCAGGGUCAACUCUGUCCCUUGUCCCCACAUUUGCCCCAUAUCCCACCGUGGGGGCAGGAAGUGUCCUGUGCUUUCCACCCUGGUCAGGAUGGGAGAAACUAGGGAACAGGCAGCUCCUUCCAGGCAAAGGGAGAAAGGGCCCUGCACCCACUGCUUUCCAGCGGCAACAGGAGUCCCUCCCUCCGCCCUCCCCUCCUGUCCCGCACAUCCCCACCCCUUCCCUCUGUCACUCGCUGGCUGGUUUCAUUUGCUCCUCAGACGGCGCGCUCUGCGGUGCCUCCGAAGGCAGAAAAUGCUCUUGGACCUACGGCUUUCCACGCGCUCCUGUGUGAUCCCAAAGCAUUUUGCUGGUGCCUCCCUAGCGCCCUGUUUGGCUCUCGCCUGUGAGCUCCUCUAAGAACUGACCGGUGCACGUGAUGAAUGAAUGACUCUGUCCCUCCCGCUGGCGGGACACCUUUCCUGAGGUCUCGCCUCCGUCGCUCCGGCUGCAGCGCCCGCAGCGGAGGAGGUCGAGCGUGCGCUGGGCGACAGCCGGGGCAGGUGAGCCCCGGGGCGCCGCCACCCGGCCCGCCACCCCGGCCCUCGCCGGCUGCUGGCGCCUCUUCGCCCCGGUUACCGCUAGUGGCUGCUGUCGCUCAGUGGAGCCCAAGGAGACCGCGGCCAGAGCGUCCACCGCUCAAGAUGGUGGCUCCCGAGUCUCCUCUCCCACCAGCAGAGCGGGAAUAACCGUUCCCAGCUAAGUUAGAUGGAUGGUCCCCAUUAGCCUGGCGCGCUGCUCCCCUCCUCCCCCCACAAUUUCCAUCGUCAAGGGAGGUGCUGCCGUGUGUGGGGGGAGCCUGGGGGACCAGAGCAUUUGGGUGGGGUCGGGGGUGCCCUGCCCCUUGAGCAGGAAUGGUACCCCCGGGGAAGAAACCAGCCGGAGAGGCCUCCAACUCCAACAAAAAAUGCAAGCGUUACUUUAAUGAGCACUGGAAAGAGGAGUUCCCCUGGCUGGACUUCGACUACGAGCGGAAGCUGAUGUUUUGUCUCGAGUGCCGCCAGGCCCUGGUGCGGAACAAGCACGGCAAAGCCGAGAACGCCUUCACCGUGGGCACCGACAACUUCCAGCGCCACGCCCUGCUGCGCCACGUGACCUCGGGGGCCCACCGCCAGGCUCUGGCUGUCAACCGGGGCCAGCCCACUUUUGAGGGCCCAGCUGAGGGAGGAGGGGCCUACCCAGACCUGGUCACCACCCCCACCUCCAGGGGCGUCAAGGUGGAGGUGGACCCGGCCAAAGUGGCGGUGCUGACCACGGUGUACUGCAUGGCCAAGGAGGACGUGCCCGAUGACCGCUGCUCUGCCCUGCUUGAGCUGCAGAGGUUCAACCUGUGCCAGGCGCUGCUGGGCACGGAGCAUGGCGAUUACUACAGCCCCAGGAGGGUGAGGGACAUGCAGGUGGCCAUUGCCAGUGUCUUGCACACAGAGGCCUGCCAGCGCCUGAAGGCAUCCCCAUAUGUGGGGCUGGUGUUGGAUGAGACCAGGGACUGGCCUGAGUCCCACAGUCUGGCCUUGUUUGCCACUUCGGUGUCCCCCUGUGAUGGCCAGCCUGCUACCACCUUCCUGGGCAGUGUGGAGCUACAGGAGGGUGAGGCCACCGCUGGUCAACUCCUGGACAUCCUGCAGGCCUUCGGCGUGUCUGCACCCAAGCUGGCCUGGCUCAGCUCGAGCCUCCCCAGUGACCGCCUUGGGCGUGUGGGCCCACAACUCCGGGCCGCCUGCCCGCUGCUCACCGAACUACACUGCCUCCCUGGCCGGACAGAUCCCGAGCCCCCUGCCUACCUAAGCGAAUAUGAAAGUGUGCUGGAUGCCCUAUUCCGCCUCCACGGUGGCCCCAGUUCUCACAUGGUCCCUGAGCUGCGGGCAGCACUGGACCUUGCAGCUAUUGACUUGGCAGGACCGCGGCCAGUGCCCUGGGCCUCCUUGCUGCCUAUCGUGGAAGCAGUGGCUGAGGCUUGGCCUUGCCUGGUGCCCACACUGGAGGCCUCUGCUCCAGCCUCCCCUACAGCCAGGGCACUGGCCCUCGCCCUACGCCAGUUCACCUUCGUGGCCUUCACCCACCUGCUGCUGGACACUCUGCCAUCCAUGCAGAAGCUCACCCUUGUCCUGCAGCCUGAAGAGCCGGACUUGGCCUUGUUGCAACCCCUGGUGAUGGCAGCCGCAGCCUCCCUCCAAGCCCUGCGCAGCUCGGGUGGGGCGCGCCUCCAGGGCUUCCUGCAGGAGCUGGCGUCCUCCAGCUCUGACUUGGGCGGUGGGCGCUGCACCUACCGCGGCGUGGAGCUGGUCGGCUACUCCGAGGCUGCGGUGCGGGGCUUGCAGCGGCUGCGGGGGGCCUUCCUAGACUCCAUGCGGCGGGGGCUGCGGGACUCCUACCCCGGGCCCUCGCUGGACGCCGUGGCCGCCUUCGCGGCGAUCUUCGACUCGCGCGGCUACCCGCAGGCACCCGAGGAGCUGGGCGCGCACGGCGAGGGGGCACUGCGGGUGCUGCUGCGCGCCUUCGCCCCCGCCGUGGUGCGCCAGAGGGCGCUGGGCGACUUCGCGCUCUUCAAGCGCGUGGUGUGCAGCCUCGGGCGGCUGGGCCCGCGGGCCUUGUGCGCCAAGCUGGCCUGCGCGCGCUCAGAGCUGCACGAGCUCUUCCCGGACUUCGCCGCCCUUGCCGCCCUGGCCUUGGCGCUGCCCGCGGGCGCCGGCCUCCUGGACAAGGUGGGCCGCAGCCGGGAGCUGCGGUGGUGGGGGCAGAGCGGGGCAGGGGAAGGCCGGGGCGGCCCGGCGGUGAAGAUCGCCGUGGAUGGGCCUCCGCUGCACGAGUUUGACUUUGCACUCGCCGUGGAGUUCUUGGAGAGUGGGUGGGCGGAGGGGCUCCUGGGGUCACAGCUCACGUGAGGGCGGCCCCCUUCCCUCCGCCCAGACAGCCUGGGGCCCUGAGCACUCUAGGGGCCAAGACAGACUCUAGGUGACCGUGCUGCACCCAAGCUGACCCCCUAACUGUGGCCUUCCAACCACCUGCCCCGUGCUUCCUCCGCUCCACGCUGAGUACUAACCCAGCCCCGUGGGCUGUGGAGGAAGGGCUGUGUGGAGGGGGUCCUGGGCAAGCCCACGGAGGUGCUGGGUUUGGGGACACCCUCAGUAUCACUCCUGCCCUUGCCAGAGUUUGGGGAGGAGUAGCUCACCAUUUUCCCUCUGGACCCAGCCCAGGUUUGGGCCAUAGAAAAGCUGAGGAGUCUUGGUUGGAGGGAGAAAGGAAGACUGGGUCUGAGGGAUUGAGGGAAAGAGGAAUGGGUCCUUGGCUGUUAGCUCCCCACCUGGCAGCAUCUCUUCUCUUCAGAUAGGACUAGACGGCAGAUGACUUCCUUGGUGUCGACACAGCACAGCACCCUCUCUGUGCACAAGCUACCAGUUCAAGGGAGGUGGGGGUGGUGCCCUACCUCCCCCACCCACCGGUAGGCUGCCUGUAUGUGGCUGUGUAUAUAGAUAUACACAUCUACAAAUGUAAAAUAAAUCUAUCCUAUCUUGCAUAUCGUUAACACACAAAAAAUCGAAAAGGACUUCUUCCGGCUUUGCAAUGACAGAGUCCAGAAAAGUUUCAACGGACUGCAUUUAUUUCUAAUGUUUUUCUUCCUCAAAGUCUGGUUGCUCCCCAAAGUUCUGAGCCUUCCCCCGCCCUUGCCUCAGACCUUUAAGACCAAAGACUGUAAAACCACAGGGCUGGAAGGGCCAACUCUGAGGACCAGCCUCGGGCCACACCCAGGAGCUGGAGGGCUUUUUGCCUCCUGGGAGAAGGAGUUGGGGCCUCACCAGAGCUGGGGGGGGGGGUGGAGGGGGAGGAGGACACAUCCCUUCAGAUUCCAAUGGGUUUCCCAUCCCCUCUGUCAGCCUUGCUGUGACUGUGUGGGCAUUAGUGAGAGGGGUUUGGGUUUAACUUGCAAUAAACUGGAAACCCAGUGCA